AUUUUAUAUUUUUUUUGUAUACAAAAUAAUAAUUAUAAUUAUGGUUAAAUAAUUACUGUAUUGGGACCAGCAAUAUGUGUCUGCACCAGCAUUCAGUAUCAUGACUGACGCCUUUCUGCUGGGAUUAUUGGUGUUCUCGGCGGCGGUGGCCGUUCUCUUGGAGCCCCUGCUGGCGACAAGAGACUUUGAGAUACGUUGGCGCACCAUCAACUGCACGGCCAUUGACCCGGCCACAACGGCCGCCUUUCACUGCCUGAUCGUGGAGCUGCCCAAGCGGCAGGGAAACUUCUUGAACACCCGACUCCUGCUCAACCGACCCGUGUCCAAGAUGUGGGUGGAUAUGAGCGUGGGCCAGGUCGGUGGCACUGGCACUGUCCAGAACCUGAUGAAGGUGCGCGUGGAUGCCUGCCAUCUGAUGGGAUUCCGCAGCAAAAAUCGUAUACUGAAUGCCGUUCUCGGGAAGCUACUGCAGUCGGGCAACUAUCCCAAGGCCUGUCCACUGUUGGGGAAUGUCAACUAUACGUCCACACAUUUUGCCCUCAAUCCGGAUCACUUUCCAGCCUACAUGCCGGACAUGAAGUUCAACACGAAAUUGGUUUUCUAUCUGAGCAAGAAUAUCACCCUGAUUAGGGCCAGUGUGGAUGCCGAGGUAAUGAGGCGAUCGUAGAUACAUACACAGUCCAGGCACAGCCACAGCCCCAGCCACAGCCACCGGUUCCAAUAGAGAGAAACUCAAAAACCAAAUCCAAAAACCAUGACUAACUUGGGAACGGAGAGUGACUAAUGGCCUUGGUAUGAUUAUUAUCCAUGGCAUUCUCUAGAUU